GGAUUAAUAGAAUUUGCAUGAUGAAUGUCCGUUUUCUGGUACCAGUCUCCUUUUGGAAACCGAAUUUCGCACAGCAAGUGCACAGCACACCGUCUUGAUCACCUUCCACCACGACCUUUUGUCGAGCUCAAGGAGGCGCUCCUGCCUCGGAAUGAACGGCAAUGGUGCCUACAUUCUACCUCUGUAUCUUCAUUGCAUCCUUUGUGGGUGCCGGUCUUGCAGAUGUUAUCUCUUCUCGAACUUUGCCUAGCACUGGAGCACAGGACCUUGCCCGACCGAAUACGUACAAAGUUGUACCGCCGCUGGCAGAAGAGGCGACGGUACAGGAUGCAGAGCUAUUGGAUAUAGUCCUGCUGGCGUCAGUGGACGGAAAGUUUCAUGCGCUCAACAGGACAUCGGGUCAGACGUUGUGGUCAAUGUCUUCCUUCCCUUCCUCGACGACUGCAGCAGCGCCGACAGCGCUUGCCCCACUGGUUCGAACCAUUCACCAUGAUCAUGAUCCUGACCUUGUCGACGAUAAUACCGACCAGGAGACUUACAUUAUCGAGCCCCAGUCAGGAGACAUCUAUGUUAUGGCUACACCUUCGAGCCCCCUUCAACGGUUUCCGUUUUCGAUGUCUGAACUCGUGGAGAUGUCACCCUUCAGUUUUGCUGAUUCUGACGACCGCAGAGUGUUCGUAGGCAAGAAGGAAACAUCACUACUGCUCGUUGAAUUGGAGACAGGAAGAAUCAAGGCAACGCUUAACUCAGAGUGUCCUUGGGAUCCAUUCGAGGGCUUUCAAGAUGAUGAUGAAUUGGAUCUAGAUGAGCUUGAGGGAAGCAAGCCAAAACCCCCGCCGCCUACGGAGGUGUUCAUUGGGCGCACAGAUUACCACAUAUCCAUCUAUUCUCGACCUCUCAAGAACUCUGGGUCGACUCCGCCACCCGUCCAAAAUCUGUCAUUUUCCACGUAUGGCCCGAAUAACCAGGACACUUUGCUGCAAGCAUCGUACAAACGGCCCAAGGACGAUGCGUACAUUCAAGGAUUCCCUAACGGUGAGGUCAUGUCUUUCAAGGGCAGAGGCGAAGACACAGGCAUUCGUUCAUCUUCUCUACUAUGGGGACGGCGAUUUACCAACCCCAUUGUCGCGGUAUUCGAUGUACUACGCAAGCCUCAACGUUACUCCCGUGGCGCUCAUACCUUCCUCCUUCUUCAGCCCCGUCCAGGUCUUCAAGACGUUCUUCCGUCCCUUUCCUUGGACACUGCUCGCGAACAUCUCCCGAACCAUCCCAAUGCCUACGUCGGUAUGGUCGAAGAAACAGGAAGUUUGUUUGCCAUGAGCCCCUUGAGCUAUCCGCUUGUGGCCUUCGGUGGAAUCCGAGGAACUUCCAUGCCAGAAGGUUCAGGAAAAUAUAUCGAUUCUGCACCGAUGUCAAGCGAAGUUGAUGAGAUAACUCGGAUGAGGAAGCAGAUGGAAAAGGAGCGAGAGCGAGAGCGAUUGCUGAACAAGGAUGGCUGCGACUUGGGGAAUCCAGACACCGUUUUCGACCGCCGAUGUUUGAUCGGUGUGCGGAAAUUAGAGGGUGGCGAUGGUGAAGGCGCGGAAAGUCGCUUGAAGAGACUCUUGGAUGGCUCGCCUGUGUCUGCGUACCCGCAGUUGACCGCAGGCGAAGAGGACAACGAGACGAGCCGCCACGAUAAACCGUCGGAGUAUAAGAAGAAUGCCCCUCCAUCAAGCCCAGCACCUUCGACUAGCAGACUACGAGAAACGAUAUUUGUUAUUGUGCUACUUGGGAUGUUCUCCGUCUGGUUCGGAUUAGCAUCGAAGAUCAAGGGUGACCCACAGCGAGGGCUGUCCAGCAUGCCAGCAGUCUUGGAGGCUUCCAUCAAAGAGGUUACGGUACCGGAGCUUGUAGCCGUAACGGAAACGGUCCCGAAGCCCGCGAUGGAUACUACUGAGGUGAUUCCGUCACCACCAAGCUCGCCGCCACCACCACCAAUACGGUCAGACUCUGGAGAUACUGGAGGAGAUGAUAGUGACAAAGAGCUUGAGGGCGAAGGUGAUGCCACACCCGUUCCCAAUAAGCGCAAGGGAAGACGGGGAGGGCGAGGCAAGAAAAAGCGACCCAACCCUGGGGCACAUGCUGAAGCUGAAGAGGGGAAGAAGCCGGAUGUUGUCGUUGAAAUACCGCCGACCCCUCAGACACUUGUGGUAGAAUCCAAGCCUGUUGAACCGACACCUUCGUUGGUUGUUUCGGACACCGUACUAGGAUUCGGCUCUCACGGAACAGUUGUGUUUCAAGGAUCACUGCAAGGGCGCGCAGUGGCAGUAAAACGUCUCCUGCAAGACUUUGUGACCCUCGCGUCUCGGGAAGUCAGCAUUCUGCAAGAGAGCGAUGAUCAUCCCCAUGUUAUCAGGUACUACUACCAAGAAGCUCAUGCCAACUUCCUGUAUAUCGCCCUUGAACUCUGUCCUUGUUCACUCGCGGACAUCAUCGAAUACCCAGAUCGUGAUCAGCUUAGGCCCAUCGUUCAAGCCUUCGAUCCCAAGAAAGCUCUUAGGCAAAUAACAAGCGGACUUCGACAUCUUCAUGCUCUCAAACUUGUACACCGCGACAUCAAGCCCCAUAAUAUUCUGAUAUCCAGUCAUGGGAAGAUGCUGAUAUCAGACUUUGGGCUGUGUAAAAAGCUGGAUAUGGAUCAGACGAGUUUCUUACCCACAGCGCACGGGGCGAUGGCUGCAGGGACCGUCGGAUGGAGAGCGCCGGAGAUUUUGCGUGGGGAGGUAAAACUGGAUGAGAUCGGGGAUGAUAGCUCAAUCUCAUCAAGAGGUAGUAGCUCGAGGGGAAGUACCGGGACAGCGACUGGUGCGCCGUCGGGAUCCUCACCGACGAGGCUAACAAAAUCGGUGGACAUCUUCGCUCUGGGGUGCUUAUUCUAUUAUACGCUAACGAACGGCGGCCAUCCAUAUGGGGACCGGUUCGAGAGGGAGAUAAAUAUUCUUAAAAACGAGAAGAAUUUGGAGGGUUUGGAAAGGUUUGGGGAAGAGGGCUCAGAGGCUGUUCAUCUGAUUGAGCAGAUGCUCAACCCGGACUCGCACAAGCGACCGGAUACGACUACGUGUCUCGUGCAUCCGUUCUUCUGGGAUCCAGGUCGUCGGUUAAACUUUUUGCAAGAUGCAUCAGACCGAUUCGAAGUCAUGUGUCGGGAUCCCAAGGAUCCGGAUCUUGUAGCGCUAGAAAAAGACGCAUUCAGCGUUGUUGGGAACGACUGGCAGUCGCGGUUGGACAAAAUAUUUAUUGAAAACCUGGGAAAAUUUAGGAAGUACGAUGGCAAGUCUGUGCAGGACUUGUUACGUGCGCUUAGGAACAAGAAACAUCAUUAUCAGGAUUUGCCGGAGACUGUGAAACGACACUUGGGUUCUAUGCCAGAUGGCUAUCUGUCGUAUUUCACGCGAAGGUACCCUCGGUUGAUUCUCCAUGUACACCGUGUUGUAGGUGAGACGGCGCUGCGGACAGAGUCCAUGUUUAGAUCGUACUACGAGCUUGCAGAUUGAUUUCUUUAUGCUAACUAUUGCUAUCGUGUUUACUCUGCCCUGGAUUGCAUACAUUACAUAUAACUUGCAUUACUUAUUCCCCUCAUACUCAUUUGUAUUAUUUUGUGUAACUUUUAACAUUGUUAUCCUGCUUGUGUUAUUAGGCGGUAGAGGUAUCUUCUUGAGCUGUGGGCUAGUGUUAACUGUACGUGGUGAUUGUGAAUAUAAUCUUUUGGAUAGUGUUCUACCC